AUGGCAGAUCUGCAUUCGAUACCGCUUCCUAGUUACCCAGCUGGCUCCCAUAACUUUUUGAAACGUCUCCGAAGGGAUGGUCCUGGCAGCAAUGCUGUCGUCAAUGGAGACUUGAAACCAGAAGGUCUCGAUAUUGCUAUUGUUGGCGCUGGGGUUGGCGGAUUAGCAGCCGCAAUUGCUCUCAAGCGAGAGGGUUUCAAAGUGACGGUAUACGAGAAUGCGCCUGCAUUGAGCGAGAUUGGGGCUGGCAUACAAGUGCCGCCAAAUUCGGCAAGGCUGCUCCAUUCCUGGGGGCUUGAGGCUUCCUUGAGCAAACACUCGGUAAAGCCUAAGGGGCUGCUCUGGAGACGUUGGCAAGACGGUCGAGAAAUUGGGCACGCCCGAUUGAAUCCUCAGUUUUCAAAAUGGUUCGGUGCGCCGUACUACGUGAUUCAUAGAGCCCAUUUACAUGACAUACUCCAUCAGCGUGCGAGAGAAUUGGGAGUAGAUGUUGUUUUGAACUGCAAAGUGGUUGAAUAUGAUCCAGAUAAACCAGCUUUCACCACUGGGACUGGGUCUACUGUGACCGCGGAUUUAAUUAUUGGAGCAGACGGCGAAAAUCUAGGACUGCGGUCUGUUGCACGGCGUGCUUUACUUGGCAAUAAGUAUACUGGCCCCGUUUCUUGCGGGCUCGCAGCUUACAGAGCUACCGUGAAACGAGAAGAGAUGGAAGCAGACCCCGAUACUGCGUGGGUCGCCGAGAGCAACAGUCUUAAUUUAUGGGUGGGUGACAAUACUCAUGCGAUGACAUACUGUAUUGCGGGAGGUCGACUAUUCAACAUGGUUCUCACUCAUCCAGAGACAAAAAGCCCCGAAACGUGGGACCAAACAAAUGCGCUCUCCGAGAUGAAAGCUGUGUACGCUGGAUGGGAUCCUUCGCUGAGAAAACUCCUCGACAUGGUUUCCGGUACGCAAAAGUGGCCAAUCCAGUCAGUCGAAAUUCCAUCAAGCUGGACAUCCGACUCAGGUCGAUUGGCACUCCUCGGAGACGCUGCGCACGCCAUGCUUCCAAACAUGGCCCUGGGUGCUGCGAUGGCAGUAGAAGACGCUGCCACUCUCGCAGCAUGUCUCAAGGCUUACCCCCGGAAAGAGACGCUCAGACCAGCACUCGAUAUUUACGAAAAAUUACGUAUUCCACGCACCAGGGCCAUCCAAGAAGCCAGUGUCCUGCAUGGAUACACCCUACACUACCCAGAUGGGCCGCUGCAAGAAGCUCGGGACGCUGCAAUGAAGCCCGAGGUCGAAGGAGAACACUUUAUUGAGUCUCCUAAUCAGUGGAGCGACCCGGCAACACAACUUUUCUGCUAUGACUAUGAUCCCAUCAGCGAAGUGGACAAUGAAGUCCGGCAUCUCAAGUCCAAUGGGUCACCAACACAUGAAAACCAUGGCUAA